AUGCUGUGCCAGCUGAGGGGAGUGGCCGCCGAGACUGUGAUUCCUCUGCGCCUCGCUGGCGGUGCUUUCCACGUAUGGUCCCAGCUGCCGGCGGCCAGUCGCUGCUCGCUGACGGCCGUGAGAGACGCCCUCCAGGCGGCGUUUGCUCUCGAUGAGUACGCCGCCUAUGAAGCGUUCGCCGCUCGGCGACUGAUGCCAGGAGAGUCGGCGGACGUAUUCCUCGCAGACCUCCGCCGGCUGGCGGCGCUGUUCGGAGGAGUGCCGGAGCGAGCGCUGGCAUGCGCAUUCGUGGCAGGCCUGCCGGACAGCGUCCGGCAGAUGAUCCGUGCUGGCUGCCGGGCAGAUGGACUGGACCUGUCGUCGGUGCUGGCGCGCGCUCGCGCUGUACUGACCGACGAGCGGCUCUCCACAGCAGCAGCAGCGGCGCGUCGGACUGUGCCGCCGCCGGCUAGCCACCCACCUGCGGCGCCUGGUCCCGGCCAGCCGCCGUGGAGACGACGGGUGGUGCGCGUCACCACGAUCAGCGGCGACGACCUGAAAUGCAGCGGCAUUGGCAGUGUAACGGUGGAGGCGCCGACGGGCCAUCGUGCCGCGCUUGAAACGCUGGUGGUGGAGGAGCGGCCGCUCGGCGUGGAUAUGGUGCUCGGGGUCAGCGGUAUCUCGGCUCUCGGGGGCGUGACGGUGCUGUCCCCCUCUGUGGUGCGGUUCUGUGGAGCAGUGUGCCGUGCGCCGCCAGACAUUGAGACGCCGGACUUCCGGGUGCAGUUCAACGCGGCUGACCGGAAGUGGUCGGUUGCAUGGAAAUGGUCUGAUGGAAUAGGACCCCAGUGCCUCACGAACGCUGUGCCGCAGUAUGCUGUGCCGCCCGCCGCUCGUCACGAGUUCGAGACAGAACUUGACGACUGGAUAGAGCGGGAGUGGCUCGUGCCGUAUGACGAGCGGCGGCAGGGGCCGCCGAAAGGGUUGGUGCCGCUAAUGGCUGUGGAGCAGCGCAAUCGGGGGAAAGUUCGACCGGUGCUGGACUACCGGGAACUGAAUGACUUUGUGCAGGCUCACACAGCUGACAGCGACGUGUGCGCGGAACAGCUCCGCAAGUGGCGCCGGCACGGCGCAAAUGUGGCGGUCGUGGACCUGAAGCGUGCCUACCUCCAGCUGCACCUGGAGGAGCGACUCUGGCCGUUUCAGACGGUGAUGGUGCGGGGGCAGCGAUUCUGCUUGACCCGCCUAGGUUUUGGUUUGAAUAUCGCGCCCCUCGUGAUGAAGGCUGUCGUGCGUGCUGUGCUCGAUCAGGACCCCGACAUCGGGCGUGCCGUCCUCCCAUAUGUGGACGAUCUCCUUGUAAAUGAGGACAUUGUCAGUGCCGAGCGCGUGGUGGCGCAUUUCGCGCAGUUUGGGCUGGACUGUAAGCCGCCGGAGCGGGCGGCCAGUGGAGCGCGGCUCCUGGGCCUGCGGGUGCACGAGGAGAACGGACAGCUGCGGUGGAAGCGGGACAAUGCCAUGGACUGUAUCGCGAGUCGCCUCGCCAGUGACGACCCGGCCCGUGGCGUGUGGUGUGUCGACGGGGACGAGGUGGUCGCCUGGACAGACGCCAGCUCGCUGGCCACCGGAGUGGUCCUGGAAAACACAGACGGGACGGCCGCGGACGGUGGUGCCGGGGCGCGGGAGCUCCCUGCGGUGGAGACGGGCCCAUACACGGUCGGAGACGCGGUGUGGGUGCGCCGACGGGGGACGCGCUGCACGGAGCCGUCCCGCCGGGGUACCGUCACGGCGGUGGUCUCUCCGCAGGUUGUCGAUGUGGACGUCGCCGCCGCAGCCCGCGUCCGUGAGCACCGUGCCGCGCGCCGCGCCGGCCGCCGCCUCUCCCCUCAGCUGCCCCGAGAAUACGGACCGGACAUGGCUCUCACAGCGUCGUCAGUGGUGCUGGCGCUGGUGCUGGUGCUGGUGGCUGGGUCUGAGAGCAGGACCCCCCUCCGCAGCCGACGAGUCGCGCCCCAUGCCGACAGGCCGGCGGGGCGGAGCUCGGACGGGGCGGAGCCACCGCCGUUGUUCCGCUACUACGUGCUGGACCGGCGCGGGGCCGUGGAGCGGACCUUCCUCUCGCCGCAGCCGCUGUCGGGCCCGCCGCCGGCAGCCGGGCCUCUGCCCCAGAUGGACAGCGUGGUGGCCACCAUCGGCACUAUCGUCAACGCAGAGGUGGCCUCGAUGGGCGGCCGGGACCAGAGCACCGUGGCGCCGCGGGUCGUUAGCUACCAAGCGGAGGAAGUGGAAAAGGUGGAGCCACAGUCGCCGCCAGACAGUGAAGAGGCGCCACAGUUGCCGACAGGCGGUGAGACGGAAUAUAUCCCCCAGAUCGACAGUGCGGUAACCGACAGAGAGUCGAUGUUCAACUCUGAACAGGAGUUAGUUGACGUGGAAGAUUAUAGUGAAAAUGAUCAGCAGGGGAGCAGUGACGCGGGCGAUGAAAGCUAUGCUGAGCCUGAAUCGAUCGAAACACCGUCAGUGCUGCCCUCUACCGCACAACAGACACACCACACUCGGCCGAGUGUGCCUUACAUCUCCCCGUCGGUGAUGUCGUCAGUUCUGACUCCGGAGGAGAUCGAGCUGCUCUCUCAGCUGAAUGUGGCGCUGCUCUCAGACCCCGAGGUUGCCAUGACGACCGAGGUGCCGCUGGGUGAAGUCGCCUACAUGCAAACGGAACGGACCACACCGUCCAAAGUUCACUACUUCGUACCUGCGUCGCCGACCCCUCAUGGCGAACAGAGCGACUCGCAGUUCGGCCCAGUACCGACAGAGGCGCUAGAGGGUCGCGUGAGCAGCCAAGGAGAGCCUAUCUCGGCGAUUGACGAGGAUCCGACCCCGCCGCGGCGCCGGCCGGCCCACAGAGCGCCGGUGCGGUCCCCGACGAUGGACGGUAUCACGGGCGGCGGCCUGCGUCCGUACACAGCCGAGGAGCUGGCCGCCCUGGAGGCCGCCUACCUGGAGGAGGAGGAGGCGGAGGAGCCGCUGCCGCUGCACCCGGUGGUGGACAGCGUGUUCUCGCCGUACCUCUCCCACUCGAUCGCCUCCCGGUUCAUCCCGGACGCCAUCGGAGCCGGCCACGGCCACGGAAUGGCUCACAGUGCGGGUUCCGGAGCGAAUGGGGGACAGGGACAGGGAGAGAGGGUUCCUCCCGGCCACGAGACCCGGCCCCUGAUCGUGAACAGAGAGACCAUCAGUGCCGAUCAGAUCAAGGCCAUGGAGAACUUGGUGGAACUUCUGUCAACUCCCGUCAAGUCGCAGGAGACGACCUCAACCAUCGACACAGCUCCAGUGACAGUUCAGCAGAGCGCUUCUGAGACCGUCGACGCCAGCGGAGCCGUUCCUUCCGACAUACAGUCCAGCGAGCAGACGAGUCUGGAGGAGGACGACCUGCUCAUGGUGCUUGGUGAGGCAACCAGCAAAGGAGGGAGUGUCGGGUCCAAAACGGCACCCGCAGCGACACCCUCAGCGAAACCGACAGCACCUGCAGCGUCUCCUGCGUCGGGCGGCGCUGCGGACACUGAGCUGGAGGACGGCAGCGGGUCCGGCGCCGAGUCGCCCGCCGUGCGACCCACCUUCACCCUGUCCAGUCUGUUCCGACCCGGGGCGCUGGGAGCCGGGGGAUUCCUCUCCUUCUCCGGCGAGGUCGGCUCGUCGGAGGACGGCUCCGGAGAGGCUCCUGACGAGGACGAGGGGGUCUCAGAGCUUCCUCACAUUCUGCUGGAUACGGAGGACCUCUCCUCGCGGGUGCGGCCCCUGACCGUGGGCUAUGAGGAGACGCCGGAGCUGAACUUCAGCAACGAAAUCCAACAUCACGAAGGUCACCAUGAUGAGAAGUUUGAGGCCGAACAUAGGCAAGAUCACGACGAAGGAGAUCACAAAGUGCACGAUACAAGCUACUAUAUCAGUGCCGAGAAUAAGAAGCAUCAUGAGCAUCACCACGAAGGCGCCGAUCACGAGUCCCACUCCGGCGACCACGCGCAAGGUCACGGCGACCACGAGGGUCACCAUCAGGGUCAUGAGGGUCAUCAUGGAGAUCACGGAGAUCACCACGGAGAUCACAAAGAACACCACGGCGAUCAUCACGGUGACAACGGCGCCGGAAACGGUAUAGGUGGCGCCACCUUACGGUCGCCGCCAGAGGGCAGCCUGGGUCUGGAGGACACCCUUCUGGACGUGGACCAGAGCACCGACACGUUUGUGGAAAACAUCAACCGACUCGGGCUGUCGCUCUACCGCCGCCUGGCGCCCGACUACCCCAAACAGAACAUGGUGUUCUCGCCGCUGGGUGUGAGCAGCAGUCUGGCGCAGCUGUUCCUCGGGGCGCGCGGCGACACGGCCCACCAGCUGGACAGGCUGCUGCAGCUGGACACCAUGACCAGCUUCAACCCGCACGUGGGCUUCUUCAAGUUCCUCCGCUACAUGAACCAGGCCGGCGAGCACGCCCAGUCGGCCGUCUGUAACGCUCUGCUUACACAUACGGAGCAGGGUGACAUGUUCAGCGGCUACGAAUUCCUGCUGUCUCGCUUCUACCAGCCUGUCAUCGACAAAAAUGCGGACCUGAAGUUGGCUCCGGGAACUGCCAUCCAGAAAAGCAUCAAUAGCUGCGUCAGCAGAUCGACCGGCGGCCUGGUCAGCGACUUCAUCCGGCGUCCCGAGAGCCUGCCGCCCGUGGAGCCCUCUCUGGUCACCGCCUCCGGCACCUUCUUCAACGCGACGCUGGCGCCCUCUCUGGACGUCCGGCUGGUGGACACGACUUUCCUGCGGUUCCCGUCGGCGCUGCGGCGUGUGCUGGCCACGGCCGGUGUGCGCGUGCGCGGCUCCCUGCCGGCCGGCUACAGCGCGGAGCUGGACUGCACGGUGGCCGCGCUGCCCUACUCGGACGGACAGCUGCAGCUGGUGCUGCUGCUGCCAGGCACCGCCGGACGAUUCAACGCCGACGGCCUCUCGCAGCUGGAGUCGCGCCUGUCGCCGGCCGCCUGGCACCGCCUGAUGCGCUCCGCCACCCCCCAGCAGCUGGAGGUCACCGUGCCCAUCAUCUCGCACCGGACCGAGGCCGAGCUGCGCCCGCUGCUCGGUCAGCUCGGGGUGCGCGCCGCGCUGACCGAGGGCAGCGCCGACUUCUCCGGCGUGAACGGACUGAGAGACCUGCGGCUGGGCGGCGUGCUGCAGGCGACAGAGUUUCACCUCGGGGACGGCAGUGUGCUGCACGCAGGACACGCCGGACAUGGAGACCAUGGCGGACACGGGGACCAUGGCGGGCACGGGGACCAUGGCGGACAUGGCGGACACGGGGACCAUGGCGGGCACGGGGACCAUGGUGGGCAUGGGGACCACGGAACACACGGGGACCAUGGCGGGCAUGGGGAGCAUGGCGGGCAUGGGGACCAUGGCGGGCAUGGGGACCAUGGAGCUCACGGAGACCACGGGGAGCACGGAACUCACGGGGGCCAUGGAGCCCACGGGGACCACGGAGAUCAUGGAGACUACGGAGACCACGGAGAUCACGGUGAUCACGCAGCGCACAACGAUCAUGCAAACCAUGCGGACCACGACGGACAAAGUCACGCGAACCGCCUGGACCACGGCGCACACGGCGCGGGCUCGGAGGACGACCUGGAGUUCCCCACGCUGCCGUCGCCGCUGUUCUCGGACCGCGCGGGACGCUCGCGGUGGGCCGUGGGCCCCGAGCGGCUGCCCUGGGAGCAGCACGGCGCCCGGCCCGCGCAGCAGCCCCUGCCGCCCGGUACCCCUCUCGUCAGGGUCAACUUCGAGCGGGCGUUCCUGUACGCACGACGGACUGCCGCCGAGGAGACGCUAGCCGGACUGCCGAACCCGGACGUCCAGGCUUUCACGGACGACUCGGCCACAGCCGGCACAGAACGAGGCGGAGCAGGGGCAGUCGUCUAUAGGAGCGGCAGGGAAGUGAAGAGGAUCCGAGCGCCAGCGGGGCGCUUCACGUCGAGCUACACAGCGGAGCUUCUCGCUCUACGAGAGACACUCAAAUACAUCGAGUCCAUCCUCACCGAUCAAGACCCUGCACUCAACAUCCAGCUGUGCACCGACUCCCUAUCAUCCCUCAUGCGUCUGAGGGAAGGCCCGGCCAACCAGACUGAACGGGUCGCUGACCAAAUCUGGCUAUCCCUCCGGCGACUAGGACGACGCCACCGCGUGGACCUUCAGUGGGUUCCCGGUCACGCGGGAGUCGCCGGCAACGAGAUCGCCGAUGCCGUGGCCAGGGAGGCCGCUGAGCUGCCGCAGGACGGGACACCCAUCACCUUCGCGGCGGCCAAGAGCCUGCUGAAGCGUCACGUGAGCAGAGAGUGGGUGGAGAGCACGCGCCACUCCCGACCGGCUCCCGCGACCCGCCCGCACCUAAGCCACGACUACCACGAUGUCGUCGGCCCGGGCAGGGUCAGGCUGGCAGACAGGCUCGGCCUGUCUAGGAGAGAGGGCACCGCUCUGGCGCGCCUCCGGACCGGCCACUCUCCUGCCCUGCAAGCUUACCGUCACUUCAUCGGGGCGGAGGAGGACGAUGGGUGCCCGACCUGCGGCGGCGGAGUCAGGGAGGACGCGGAACACUUCCUGACGUCGUGCCCCGCGACGGCCCGCGUCCGUCACGACGUUUUCGGGAGAGAGGACCCGACGCUGCGGGAGGUCUUCGCUGACCCAUGCCGGGUUAUCGAGUUCCUGCGGCGCCUGGGCCGACUAUAG